GAUUAUUUACAUGGAGUUUGGUGGAGAUAUGCUCCACCAGACAGUAGAAUCAGAUGUUGGUUUCCAUGGUAACAGUGUGUCCUCUCAGAUGUUGGUCUCCAUGGUAACAGCGUGUCCUCUCAGAUGGCGGAGGAGCAGACGAUGUCUCUGGUGGAUGUUCUGGAGGAAAAUGAAGAGUUGGAGGAAGAAGCUUCGGCCGUGUUGGCAGGAAGUGACUCUGACCUCUGCUCCUAUCCUCAGGGCUAUGUGAAGCGUCAGGCUCUGUAUGCCUGCAGUACGUGUACUCCAGCGUCUGGCGGGGCGGCGGGCGUUUGCCUGGCGUGUUCCUACAAAUGUCACGAAGGUCACGAGCUCUUCGAACUCUACACCAAGAGGUCAGAGAUCCCUGUGUCUGAUUGGCUGUGUCUGCAGGUGGAGGACGAGAUGAUCCAGUGUGUGGUGUGUGAGGACUGGCUGCACGGCAGGCACCUGGGCGUGGCGGUUCCAGACGGCGUGGAGCUGCAGGAGAUGAUCUGUGAAUCUUGUAUGAACAACAACUCUUUCCUCUGGACCUACGCUGCUCACCUGUCAGUUCCAGGUGCAGGUGUUGAGGUGAAGGCGGAACCAAUCGUAAGCGUUCCUAAAGAAGAAGAGAAGGGCGGUGAUGUCACGGAGCCUAGCUGUAAGCGGAGCCGUGGGGAGGCGGAGCCAGACUGUAAGGGGCGGGGCCAUGAAGAGGCGGAGCCAGGCUGCAGACUGAAGGAGCUGCAAGCGAUUGGUCAGAACAGGGUCCAAUCAGGAGCCGUGUUCUGGCCGUCGGCGUGGCGAUCCAAGCUCUGCUCCUGCAACACCUGCAAGGAGAGUCUGUCUGCAGCCGGCUUGUCCUUCCUGUUGGACGAGUCAGACACUGUCCUCGCCUACGAGAACAAAGGGAAGAGCAGCGAGCAGCAACUCCAAGGACCCGACCCGCUGAUGUCAGCGCUGGACAACCUGAACCGGGUUCAGCAGCUCGAGAUCAUCCACGGGUACAACGACAUGAAGACGGAGCUCAAGGACUUCCUGCAGAGAUUUGCAGCAGAAGGGAAGGUGGUGACAUCUGAGGACAUCCGUCAGUUCUUCGAGCAGCAGCAGAGUCGUAAGAGACGGCGAGACGACGGACGCUUCUACAGCCCCUGAACGCCUCCUUCUGUUUCUGUUUUUAAUGUUUCCUUUUUAAUGAACAGUAAUAAAGUCCUGAAUCCUGAUUGGUUAUUGAUUA